AUGCUCACAUUGACAAAUGAGGAAUCCAUUGGCGCCUUAUCCACAUUCAACAAUCUUGGUAUCACGGAAUUUGCCACACCUUUUCCAGUAAUACCUCCCUCAACAUCUUCUACACCAAUCAAGCUUAUUCAUGGACGAAAGCUGGUGCUCAAAGUUGAUCCAAGUACCAAGUACCCAGGUUGGACGCCUGUCAAUUUUAAAUAUCAUGUAUUUACUGAUCAAGAGAUAUGUAGAGGAUCUUGUCGAAUAUGUUAUAAUGCACUUGGUGAAAUGAACGGAAAUGUUUGCAAGAUGGUCGCAAAGCAGCUCAUAACAAAUGACACUGUUGGAAAAGAACUUCUGCAUUCAUAUACCCAAACUCAGCAAGUUUAUAUGGCUGUAUCAAAGUAUUUGAAGAAAUUUCAGGCAGUGUGUGCCUCUUCAAAAGAUAAACCACUCAUAGAUAUAAUCACAAAAUUACAGGUUGUCAACUCAUUUGUGGCAUAUAGUGGAAAGCAUGAUGGUCUUGAUCCAAAGAAUGUCUGGUAUUUUGAAGAAUCACUAGUUGAUCAAGGUAAAUUCCAGAAAUACACUUCAAAUGUAUAUUUCAAAACACAACGAUUUGGAGAUCCAAUUCACCUAUGCAUUGCAGCCUUCACCCACUAUGUUUACGAGAUUACAUCACAUAAACAUUUGGUUGCUGAUUUACAAGGAUCUGGUCUAUAUUUGACAGACCCGUUGAUCCUUGAAUCAAGGAAUGCUUGGGUUGCUGAAGCAAAUACAGCAGAGCAGGGGUUUGCCAACUUUGAGGACCAAAAUUGGUGUUAUCCACUCUGUUGUCAAUUAGGUCUUCCAUUCCUUCCAAAUCAAUCAUCUUCCCAAGAUCAUAAACAGAACCACGAUAAUGAUUACAUUGCUGAACAUGUCAAAAACGGUGGUCAGCCUGAUUUGAGUGAAAGUAUGGCAUCUUUGAACAACCUUCUUGACGACAGAGAUUGGGAUGAAUCACCACUAUAG